CACAACCCUCAUCCCAUUGCUAAAGAGGCCCCCCCAACUCCUUUCUCUUCUUUCCUUCCACCCUCCUCCCUUACCUUCUCUUCUUCUCCUCAAGAUGCUCCCAAGAACAAAGAGCAUCUUCCAUCCAUUGGAGGAAGGUGGUGAGGCUGCCAAUACUGGAGUAGGCAUUAAUGGAGGGCUCAAGAACUUGGCACAAGCACCCGAAGGCCUCGUAGGUCUCCGGAUUCUGAUACAGCAAACCGGGCAAGGAGAGAACAUUGUUAUCAAGUCUACGUUGAAGUCAUGCAGGCCAACUGCUAGGGCUCCCCAAAGUCCCAUGAAUUUUCAGCAGUUAGGCUUCCUUAAGGCAUGCUUCCUGUGCAAGAGGGAACUAAGCCCUGAGAAGGAUGUUUACAUGUAUAGGGGUGACCAAGGAUUUUGUAGCGUGGAAUGUCGUGGCCAGCAAAUUUUGAUAGAUGAAAAAAGAGAGUUUGAAACAUCUACAAAAGAGCAGGUUGGGGUGCCUCGUUAUCAUCGUGCCAGCUCUAAUCGCCGCCGGCGGAUCUCAGCCGCAGCGUAGACAACCUUAUAUAAUCAUAAUGGAGAAGCCCUAACCAUAAUAUCAUGUAUUUUUUGUUCCUUUUUCCUUGCUUUUAUUUGGAAAAAAGGCUUUACGUUCAGCAAGUGCAUUAUAUAAUACAUCUUGGAGGUGUAAAAUAAAAGAGGCUGUAUCAUCUUGUUCUUUGAAUGACUCUUGGAGGAGUUCU